AUGGCAAGAUUUCAUUUUGAUGUUUCAAAAGCCACCAUGGAUCUUGUCAUUUUGGUAGCCAUUUUGGUCCUCUGCUUCUGCAUAUCCACAGUCAAAGUUGAAGCACAAUCUCUACGUCUUGCUUCUGCAGAAGUGGAAGCACUAAAACAAAUAGCAACACAAGUGGGAAAAAAAGACUGGAACUUCAGCAUAGAUCCAUGCAGCAAUGAUACAAAUUGGGCUACCCCAAAAUCUGCUGACUUGCCUUUAUACAACAACACUCUCAUAUGCAACUGCUCCUACCCUGAUGGUUUCUGCCAUGUUGUCAGCAUUUUUCUUAAAGGGCAAGAUCUUGCUGGUGUAGUUCCACCAUCUGCUGCAAAGUUACCCUACCUAACAAGAGUAGAUUUUACCAGGAACUACCUUACCGGUACCAUACCACAUGAAUGGGCUUCUACAAAGUUGGAAUAUCUGUCCAUUACUGUGAACAAUUUAUCAGGACCAAUCCCUGGCUACUUGGGAAACAUAAGCACCCUAAUAUAUAUGAGCUUGGAGAAUAACAACUUUUCUGGAACUGUUCCUCCUGAGCUUGGGAAAUUGGUUAACUUGAACAAUCUCAUUCUUAGUGCAAAUAAUCUCACAGGAGAGUUGCCACUGGCUCUUACUAAUCUGACUAAGUUAACAGAACUUAGGAUUAGCAGUAACAACUUCACAGGAAGAAUACCUGAUUUUAUUCAAAGCUGGAAGCAACUUCAGAAAUUAGAGAUCCAAGCUAGUGGUCUCCAAGGGCCCAUUCCGUCUAACAUUUCUGCCUUGAGUAAUUUAACAGAACUAAGGAUCAGUGACAUAAAUGGAACGGGUUCAGAAUUUCCACCCUUGAGUAGUAUGACAGGCAUGGGAAGUUUAAUGCUGAGGAGCUGUAACUUAUCUGGACGCAUCCCUGCUUAUAUAUCAGCAAUGACAACAUUGAAAAUAUUAGAUCUCAGCUUCAACAGAUUGGAAGGAGACAUUCCUGAUUUAGCGACCCUGACAAACUUGCAGUACUUGUAUCUAACAAGCAACUUGCUUACUGGGUCUAUUCCAGACUGGAUCAAGAGCAGAGAUAGUCAUUACCAGUUAGAUGUUUCGUACAAUAAUUUUUCUCAGAGCUCUGAGCCAGCUUCUUGUAGAGAAACCCUGAACUUGUUCAAAAGCUUUUCUGCGCGAGACAACUCACUAUUUGGAGAGUGCCUGAACAGCUAUCCUUGUCCAAAAGAUCGGUACUCAUUACAUAUAAAUUGCGGUGGAAAGGCAACCACCAUUGGAGGAAUUAACUUUGAAGGGGAUCCAGACCUAGGAGGUGCAGCAAAAUUUGUUCCUGUGAGACCUAUCUGGGGAAUCAGUACUACUGGACAUUUCUGGGAUGCUAACCCCACCUCUAAUGACUACAUAGCAAAUAAUGCAUCCACACUUGGAAUGAACAACUCUGAGUUGUACACAAGUGCACGCCUCUCUCCUCUUUCUCUCACGUAUUAUGCACGCUGUUUCGGAAAUGGAAACUAUACUGUGAGACUUCACUUUUCGGAGAUAAUAAUCCGAGGCAAUAGAUCUUUUUACAGUCUUGGAAGACGGAUGUUUGAUGUCUAUAUUCAGGAGAAACUGGUGUGGAAGGAUUUUGACAUUGAAAAGGAAGCACAAGGGGUUGAUAAGGAAGUCAUUAAGGAACUUAAAACAGUUGAGGUCAAGAACAAAACUUUAGAGAUCCGAUUUCAUUGGUCUGGGAAAGGGACAACAGCUUCUCCAAAGAGAGGAACAUACGGUCCUCUUAUAUCAGCUAUCUCUCUAGAAUCUGAGUUCACGCCUCCUCAUGAUAAGAAAAGCAAGGUACCUAUUGUGGUGGGAGCUUCAGUUGGAGCUUUGGUUUUGUGCCUCAUUUUCUUGAUUUUAGGCAUUCUUUGGUGGAAAGGCAGUCUGGAUAGCAAGACAUCAAGGGAAAAAGCUCUUAGAGAACUGGAUCUGCAAACUGGAUUUUUCACCUUCAGGCAAAUUAAAGCUGCCACUAACAACUUUGAUCUUAAAAACAAAAUUGGGGAAGGCGGUUUUGGGUCUGUCUACAAGGGUAUAUUGUUGGAUGGUAAUAUAAUCGCAGUUAAGCAACUAUCUUCAAAAUCAAAGCAAGGAAACCGUGAGUUUGUCAAUGAAAUAGGCAUGAUUUCUGGUUUACAACAUCCGAAUCUUGUUAGAUUGUAUGGGUGCUGCAUUGAAGCAAAUCAACUACUGUUGGUAUAUGAAUACAUGGAAAACAAUAGCCUUGCACGUGCUUUGUUUGGUCCAGAGGAAGGUCCAUUAAAAUUGGACUGGCCUACAAGGCAGAAAAUAUGCUUGGGCAUAGCAAGAGGUUUGGCUUUUUUGCAUGAGGAAUCUGCACUGAAGGUUGUGCAUAGAGACAUCAAAACUACGAAUAUAUUACUGGACCAUGACCUUAGCCCUAAGAUCUCAGACUUUGGUUUGGCCAAGCUUGAUGAAGAGGAGAACACACACAUUAGCACCAGAGUUGCUGGAACUAUAGGAUACAUGGCGCCUGAAUAUGCACUAUGGGGUUAUUUAACCUACAAAGCAGAUGUCUACAGCUUUGGUGUUGUUGCAUUAGAAAUUGUUGCUGGAAAGAACAACAUGAAAUAUCGACCAAAUGAGAAUUUUGUAUGCCUUGUGGAUUGGGCCCUUGUUUUGCAACAAAAAGGGAAUUUAAUGGACCUGGUAGAUCCAAGGUUGGGGUCCAAUUUCAGUAAGGAAGAGGCAAUUAGAAUGGUUAAAGUGGCUCUGCUAUGCACCAAUCCUGCACCAGCCCUUAGGCCUACUAUGUCUUCUGUAGUGAGUAUGCUUGAAGGGAAGACUGCUGUUCAUGAACUGAUUAUGGAUCCAAGUAUUUAUGGUGAUGAAAUGAGGUUAACAGCUCUGAGAAACCAGUUUGAUCAGAUUGCCCAAGAGAGCUCAACUGGAACUCAGAGCCUCAUUCGUUCAUCGAAUGCAACGUGGAUUGGUUCUUCUGCUACUUCUACUUCUUCAGAUCUCUACAAAAUCAAUCCUAGUUCUUAG